AUGCGCGGCCGCACCUGCGCAAUCGACGAGCCGUCUUACGAGCUCGACAUCUUCUAUGAGGACGAUUGGCUUGAGGUGCUCGGCUGCGGCGUGAUCCACCACGAGGUGCUUCAGAACGCAGGCCUCGAUCCUGCAAAAGUCCACGGCUGGGCGUUCGGGAUCGGCCUCGAGAGGAUCGCGAUGGUCCUCUUCGGGAUUAACGACAUACGGCUGUUCUGGUCUGACGACAAGCGAUUCACGGAGCAGUUUGAUGAGUCCGCGUUCAGCAGCAAAGUCAAGUUUAAGCCAUUCUCGAAGUACCCGCCCGUCAAGAAGGACAUCAGCAUGUGGAUCCCGGACGACUUCGUUGACAACGAUCUCUUCGAGAUGAUCCGUGACGAGGGCGGGGACCAGGUCGAGAAGGUGGAUCUGAUCGACGAGUUCACGAACAAGAAGACCGGCAAGAAGUCGAAGGCCUUCCGGGUGAUUUGGCGCGACAUGUCUCGCACCCUCACCAACGAGGAGGUCAAUGCGAAGCACGAGAUCGUGCUCAAGAGGAUCGUGGAGGAGUUGUCAGUGGAGCUGCGCUGA